CGCCAAGAGGGGGAGGGGGGGCACGGUCGUGAUGACUGUGUGUGUGUGGCAGGCGUGGGCUUCUCCACAGCAUCAUCAUCACUCGCUUCACAGCAACAGCCUCCUCCUCUUCCUCCUCCUCACCGCCACCAUCCUCAUCCUCACCAGGGUUGAGACGUCGCAGGCUUCACGGGGAUUCUGUGAGGGAUUCACCCGUCAGACAGAAGAUCCAGGUGGCCAGAAUCCUCAAAUCGGUUCAUCUCCCAACCUCGCAAGAUGGAGGACGGCUAUCAGAACCGAACCGCCUUCAUCAAAGGUGCCAAAGACAUCGCCAAGGAGGUCAAGCGCCAGGCCUCCAAGAAGGUGGGCCGCUCGGUGGAUCGCAUGAACGACGAGUACAGCCGGCGCUCCUACAGCCGCUUCGAGGAGGACGACGAUGACGACUACCCGGCGCAGGGCGGCCAGGACGGCGGCGGCUACUACCGCGGCGACAGCCAAGCGGCCAACGAGGACGACGAGGGCGGCCACAGCGACUCCACCGAGGGCCACGACGAGGACGACGAGAUCUAUGAGGGCGAGUACCAGGGCAUUCCCAGGGCCGACUCGGGCAAGGGCAGCCUGGCAGGCGGGCCCGGCUCGGUGGCGGCCGGCGCUCAGCAGUUCCAAGACAUCGGCGUGUCGGAGGCGCAGAGGAGGAAGGACCAGGAGGAGCUGGCCCAGCAGUACGAGACCAUCCUGCAGGAGUGCGGACACGGAAAGUUCCAGUGGACCCUCUACUUUGUGCUGGGCCUGGCGCUGAUGGCCGACGGCGUGGAGAUCUUUGUGGUCGGCUUCGUCCUCCCCAGCGCCGAGAAGGACAUGUGUCUGUCUGAACCCAACAAGAGCAUGCUGGGUCUGAUUGUGUAUUUCGGCAUGAUGGUGGGCGCGUUCCUCUGGGGAGCUCUGGCCGACCGCAUCGGCCGCCGACAGUCUCUCCUCAUCUCCCUGUCCAUCAACAGCAUCUUCUCCUUCUUCUCGUCCUUCGUGCAAGGAUACAGCACCUUCCUCUUCUGCAGGCUCCUGUCAGGUGUUGGCAUCGGAGGCUCCAUCCCCAUCGUCUUCUCCUACUAUUCCGAGUUUCUGUCACAAGAGAAGCGAGGCGAGCACCUCAGUUGGCUCUGCAUGUUCUGGAUGAUUGGUGGGAUUUACGCGUCGGCCAUGGCCUGGGCCAUCAUCCCUCACUAUGGAUGGAGCUUCCAAAUGGGCUCAGCCUAUCAGUUCCACAGCUGGCGUGUGUUCGUAUUAGUGUGUGCCUUUCCCUCCGUAGCCGCCAUCGCUGCCCUCAGCGCCAUGCCAGAGAGCCCACGCUUCUACCUGGAGAAUGGAAAACACGAUGAAGGCUGGAUGAUUCUGAAGCAAGUUCACGACACCAACAUGAGAGCCAAGGGACACCCGGAAAAAGUCUUCACUGUCACCACCAUCAAGACGGUGAAACAGAUGGAUGAGUUAGUGGACAGUGGCACCGACACGCCCGUCUGGCAACGCUACAGACUUAAAAUCAUGAGCCUCUCCCAGCAGAUUCGGAAUAAUAUUGUUGCCUGCUUCACCCCGGAAUACAAACGGACCACUUUCAUGCUCAUGGCUGUUUGGUUCACCAUGUCAUUCAGCUACUACGGCCUGACCGUGUGGUUCCCCGACAUGAUCAAAUACAUCCAGAAGCAGGAGUACGAGUCCCGCACUAAGACCUUCAGCAAGGAGCGUGUCGAGCACGUCACCUUUAACUUCACCCUGGAAAACCAAGUGCACCGCCAAGGCUACUACUUUAACGACAAGUUCCUCUAUCUAAAGAUGAAGUCUAUGGUGUUUGAGGACUCCAUCUUUGAAGAGUGCUACUUUGAGGACAUCACAUCAACGCACACCAUCUUCAGGAACUGCACCUUCAUCGCCAGCCUGUUUUACAACACAGACUUGUUCAAGUACAGGCUUGUGGACUGCAAACUGGUGAACAGCACCUUCCUCCACAACAAGGAGGGCUGCAUGCUGGACUUCAGCGACGACUUCAACAACGCCUACAUGAUCUACUUCGUCAACUUCCUCGGCACACUGGCCGUCCUGCCCGGCAACAUCGUCUCCGCUCUGCUGAUGGACAAAAUAGGCCGUCUAAGAAUGCUGGCGGGGUCCAGCGUCAUAUCGUGUGUUAGCUGCUUCUUCCUGAUGUUUGGAAACAGCGAGUCGGGGAUGAUAGCCCUCUUGUGCCUCUUUGGCGGCAUCAGCAUCGCUUCAUGGAAUGCUCUGGAUGUCAUAACGGUGGAGCUCUACCCUUCAGACAAAAGGACCACGGCCUUUGGCUUUCUGAACGCCCUGUGUAAACUGGCAGCCGUCCUGGGCAUAAGCAUCUUCCAGUCCUUCGUGGGCAUCACCAAGGCCGUGCCCAUCCUCUUCGCCGCCGGCGCCCUGGCCGCAGGUAGUUUCCUCGCCACAAAGUUGCCCGAAACACGGGGCCAGGUGCUGCAGUAGAAACCGGCGUCCAAAGCUCGGCGCGAGGCCGUGACACCUGCAGGGGGGAGGCCUCAUCCCUUCAGAGCUUCAGCGCCGCCUGUCUGUCGCACUCCCAAACAACCACACACACAAACUCCCUUUUUUUUUUUAUGUCAAGCCUAGAAUCCUCUGAAAUGUGGAUGACGUCAUUGUGAUCGACAGGAGAGCACGCAGGUGCACAGAAAACAAGCCAUUCUCCUAUAGGAAGCAUCGCCGAGUGCGUUUCUUCCUUCAUGGCCUGGCUGCAUUGUUUCAUGUUAUUUCAUUAGUUUUGCUCACAUUUGUCUUAAUUGCGUUAAUCUCCUCCUCAAAAACAUUUCCCAGGAUUCUCCUGUUCAAUGUAAAAUGGGGACACCUUAGUCCCGCCCCUCCCUGUGUGUCUCCGCACAGCGCCCUCUGCUGGGCAUUUUUCUUCAAUCCCGUGUUGACGGUUGAGUUGCCUUUUUUUUUUUUUAAGUGCAAGAGCGUUCGUGUGUGUGCGUGUGUUGGAAAACUUGCAUCAUUCCAAGAUUUAAACGUUUAAAAAAAAAAACAUUUAUUACAUUGAUAGCUUCUGGUUCUGGAGAGCAGAAUGUACCGAGCAGCAUCAGCAGAGUUUACACUAUUUAGACAAUAAGGACCCGCAGGUGAGUGCUUCACUUAUGUUUACAUAAUUGAAUCGUACGUUCUGCUGUUUUAAAACGAUCAAUGAGUUUGUUUUAGUGCUAUAACUCCAUGAUACUCAUAAGCACAAACGGACCAAAAUAAGUGUGGUUAUUGAUUAGGUAAUGAGGCACAAAACUGGACGUUAGAAGUCCCAACAACGCCAACUAUAAAGACACAUUUAGGUUCAUACUUUAUAUUCAUUAUAAUUCCCCAUAAUGUUUACUAUUGGUUUGUUUGCAGACAAUCAACGAAUGCAUUGUGUGUUUGGAGUUUGCCUAGCAUAAGCAGCUGUUAGCUUAGCUUCAAUCAAUCAAUUCAAACAGCUUUUAGCUUUAAGUGAGAAACUACUAAAACACCGGAGAGUAAAGCAAAUAAUGAAAAAAUAGACAACCAGUGUGUUAAAUUCGGAAAUGUAUCUAAAAGAAAUGUUCUAACAAAAUCCACAACUUUGACUGUUAGCUGCUUACCCUUAUUUCCGGUUUGUACGCUUAAGCGAGCAAGGCUAACAACUUGAAUGUGCGUUUCUCUUGCAAAAAUGAGUAUAAACGACGACAUAAAUACCCAUAUUUUAGAAACUGUUUUUGUUCAAAUCAUUCGGCACAUAUUUUUAACUUGUUUUUUGUCUGCUUACGUUGAGAAACACACCUUAUAUAUGCAGAGUGGGAAUUCAGAGACUCAUGGGGUGCUCUUCCGGUUAUUUAAAAAAAGGAAAAAAGAAAAAUCCUCAAUUUACAAACGACUUGACUCUUAAUUGAAGUCAAGCCAUCGUGCGUGACGCAUGUUUGUGUCGUAUUGUCUGACUUUUUUGGACGUCCUUGUAUGCCAGCCAGUUUGUGUCUUUUAAAAAGCCAUUUUUUUCAUUGUCUGACGACUACGACGAUUCGUUGCUUGCAGUGGUUGUUCUUGAUUAAAAAGUGGGGUUAACAUUGGUGAAAUGUUGAAUAUGUGUUCUGAAAGUGGUGACUGUGCUCCUUUAUUUUAUAUUUAUUUUUCAAACAUACACAUAUCUAUACAUAUUACAAGAGUAACGUUAUAGCGAUGGUAAGAAAUUUGCCUGUCGGCCAUCUUUGAUUGGGGCAAUAAGCCUAAACCUGAAAGUCAUCCAAAGAGUGCCCUCGGAAACUAUUAAAUGUUAUGUGUAGAAGAAUAAACAUAUAUUGUAUAUGUAAAUCUAUCAAAUGGGUCCCUAUCGUUUGGAGUCGAAUUGAAGUCAGUUUUUCCCAAUCAGAUCAAAGGAUGGAGGACUUUUUCCGUCUUAAAAUGGACACAAGGACAAAUCCAUGAUGCCAGAAAGUUCCAAAUCUGGACAAACUGAAAUAAUGCAGAGUUGGACUAUUUUUGUUUUCCCAUCUUUAGUUGAACAAAAACGACUUUAAAUGUAAGUAAAAAAAAAAAAAUCUAUGUAAACUGUGUAAAAAAUAGAUGUUUGUACUGUAUGUGCAAGUUUGAAAUUUGUGGAAAAUUCAGGAAAACUGUUUGGCAAAUGAGAAAAAAAGUGUGUACAAAACUU